ACCAUUUUAGAACAAAAUCCCACCUCUUGGCGAGCACGCGCCUUUUCCUGGUUGGACAAUUUUGCCGCCUAGGUGGCAGAGGUGCGCAUGAGGACGAAUGCUAAGCAGGAGCCGGGGAAUGUACAGCCAAUCAGAAGCGACCAGAGUCUGAGUAGGGGUGGGGAAACAAACAUAACGCCUUGAUGAGAGGAAGAGAAAGAACUAGCUGACGUUCACCUGAGUCAUGGCUGGAACUGUGAGUUUAGAGCUGGACCCUGUUUUCCUAAAGGGUUUGAGCUACCUGCACUCCAAGAGCAAAGACUCAGCGGAGAAGCUAAAGGCCCUGCUGGAUGAGGCUCUGUCCAGAGGAAGUGAUUCAGUGUAUCGCACCUCACUGAAGGAAGUCGAGCUUUCCAAGGUGUCAGUACCCAAACUGAUCAAACAGGAGUCCAAAUCAACGUCCAGCUCUUCAUCAUCAUCCUCAUCAUCGUCUUCAUCUUCGUCAUCGUCCAGCAGUAAAUCCAGCAACUCGGAGAAAAGCAAGAAGGAAGGAGAGAAAAGAUCUGCAGAGAAGGUGAAGUUGGAGAGUGGAGAGGCUGGAGAGCCGCCCAAAAAGCCUCGUCUGGAUAAAUCGGAAAAUCGUUCCUCGCCCAUCGCCUUCCAGACUAAAGACAUUCCCAUGGGAGAAUUCAACUACUGUGAUGAGACCAAUGCUGAUGACUUCGCCAUGGAGAUGGGAUUAGUGUGUGUUGUUUGCAAACAGAUGACGGUGACGUCAGGGAAUCAACUAGUGGAGUGUCAGGAGUGUCACAACCUGUACCACCAGGAGUGUCACAAACCUCAGGUGACAGACAAAGAUGUAAAUGAUCCGAGGUUGGUGUGGUACUGCGCACGCUGCACACGCCAGAUGAAGCGUAUGGCUCAGAAAACACAAAAGCCUCCCCAGAAAGCGAGUCCGACUGUAACAACAGUCGCUCCAGUGGUUAAAGACCCGCUGGUAAAAAAGGCUGAGAUAAAACCCAAACCAGAUACGACGGGAUCUUUUCAGGCCUUUAAGAGGACAGAGGUUAAGGCGUCAUCUGCAGCGCUGGUAAGCUCGUCCAGCAAUUUGUCGUCUCUCCCUGCGGGGAGCGCUCUCACCGGCUGGGCCGCCUUCACCAAAACCUCUACUUCAGCUUCGUCCGUAACCAAACCAGGCCUUGCUAAGCCCCAACCCUCCUCCAACAGUUCAAAGCCCAUUGGUUUGUUUGCGUUGGGCCCCAAAGCACAAACAGGGAGUGGAAAUGGGAACAAUGGCGGCAAUGGAAACACAGCAGCCCAGCUGAAGCCGCCGCCUCCUCUCACACUGGGGAAACCUGUCCUGAGUCGUUCCGGCAGCGGGGAGAACCCAGGGAAAUCAGGCUCCUCUUCACCUGGGGCAAGUGGCUCCAGUGGUGCCGGGGGUAAUGGGGCCACGACCAGCUCAAAUGGGGGGGGCAACGGGGGCAACAACAGCAGCAGCGUGAGCAGCAGUAGUAGUAUCCCCACUAAUAGUCAGAAAGCAUCAACCGAUGGGAAAGCACCAACAUCCCAGGAGUCCCAACUUAGCGCCAUGAAGCGCCUACAGAUGGUGAAGAAGAAGGCGGCGCAGAGAAAGCUAAAGAAAUAAAAACAGCACUGAGAGAGGGACGAGGAAGACGGAUAGAGGAAUCAAUUAAAUCAUUAACGGUCUAAUGAACUGACUCUGUGGAAAUGAUCAUGACAGGGAAAGAGGGAAGACAAGAGGUAAGAUGAGAGAAAGAGGGAGUGAGAGAGAGGACAGAAAGUAAGGUGAGUGAGAGAGUAAGAAACAAGACACCGAAAUAAUAAAUGAACAUUUUUAAAAGGACAAACUAACAGGGACAAACUAAAUUUAAAAACAAGAGGAAAGAAAGGUGGGCCCAAAGAAAGGAAGAAUGGCAAAAAGAGUAGAAAAAAUUAUAGGAGGAAAGAUAUGUAAUUACAUUUCUCAUUUUUCUUGAGUGUUUUUAGGCAUAUGGAUAUGUGGACAGAUGCACAGACAUUACCAAAUACACAUGGCCAAAAAAAGGAAAAAUACAGAAGGGCACAAAAGGGGGAAAUAAAAGUCGUAGACAAAUAGAAAGAAAACAUUAUGCCAAAUUAAUAAUAGAAAAUGGUCCCAGACAGAGAAAGAGAAUACUCUUAGUUCAGCACUAAUACUUGAAGGUGUGUGACGCUGCUCAUUUGUGUUUGUGUGCGUACGUGUGUGUUGCUCCCUGUGCCUUUUGUUGUAAAGCAGCAGCACUGAUCAAACCAUACUUUUUAAUAAACACCUUUAUUAAAACAA